GCAAGGUAAUAGGAAUACAAUAUAUAAAUAAAAAUAAAAUAAAUAAGAUAAGUACAACGCAGCUGGCGUAUAUUAGAAACAAGUUAUAAUAAGUAAGUCUACAUGUAUUGUGUCAUGUUUUCAGAUCAUUGUAAACUACUUGGACUUUUUACAGCGAACAAAUCCAUUAUUGCAACUGUAAGCAUGUGUACACACGAGUUAUAACACUAGGCAAAGUUGAUACAUUAUUGACGUAAUUGAACAUGUUUAAAGGUAGCUCAUUCAGUCUUAACUAAUAUCCUUUUUUAUAAUAUUUUAGUCCCACACUUUGAUUGAUUUACAUCGAUUGAACUUUGAUUUACCAGCUUUUGGCUACUGGCUAAACAGGAAUGCUUAGACUUGGUUCAUAAAGUGACUUAAGUCUGGUUGGGUGACAAUCUCUCUUCUCGUUGCACUCUUUGUGACAGCUUGAUAACUUCAUCUUUGGAGUUAUGGGGUCUGAAAGAUAUUUGCCUACUCCAAUUUGAAUAGAAGGCUGAACCUCAUCUUCAUCAUAUAUGAACAAUGUGAACAAUGUCAGAAUUGUGUAGGUUUGAGGGAGUAUUAUUUUAAUGUGUCUUCCUUUAUGGAAGGUCCAUUUCCUUCUACAGAAUCAUCAAGUAUGCUUCCCUGUGAUCGACAACAACAGCAAACAGUCUCCAGUUCGCCAUCCAAAAUCAAAAUCACCCGUGAUGACUCCCUUAAGAUUGUCGACCCAUCCAGAAAGAAACUUGUGUCCUUGGAAACCCAACGCAUAGCUGGUAUCCUAGACGAAUGCAUCAGAAAAGUAGAGAUGAUUGCCCUGCUUCCUAUAGUCAUAGCUUCUCCAGGCCUGCUAACUGUUGGCAUGGAGACAGGGCUAAGUGAAACCAUAGGUGACCACUGGAAGGUUGGCAAGAGAUACGAGUCUCAGAGACACAUUUGGGAGAGCCAAGAGGAGCAGACGCCAGAGGCCAAGGAAAUGUCGGAUGCAGAACAUGCUGUCCACUGCUCCCUCAAGGACAUGUUUCGGAAGAUCCAAGCUUGUUCCACAGCGAGCAGCACUUUUGCGAACGUGGGGAGCCUGACGUUGCAAAGGGAUGAGUGCCCACAGAGGCUGGUCGAGGGGCUGCGUGAGCUGAGGUUGGUCCUGCUGGAGCGUCUCCUGACCACUCCGGCUGAGGAGAGGGAGCGCAUUUGCCGCAUGCAGGAGAUGUCCCAGCGUUACCACAGCAACCUGGACCUGGUGGCCACCUUGGAGGCAGAGGUGGCUGCUGCCAUCAAAGACAGGGAUGAGGAGAUCUCCAAGAAGAACCAGACCAUCCGCCACCUGAAGAGUUCGCUGCACCAGAUGGAGAAGAUCUCGGAGGACUUUGUGGCACGGACCCGCCAGGAGGCAGAGAAGCAGAACCAUUCGGACCAGAAGACAUCAGACGGGCGUCAGCAGCGCAUGCAGCAGGAGGUGAGCCUGCUGAGGCUGCAGCUCAACAACCUCAUCGCAGACAACCGCGAGGUCGAGUUGGGCCUACGCAAGAGGAAAUACAAAGUGGAGACAGAAAUUGAGAACUGGAUUCAGAAGUACGACUCUGAUAUGGGUGAAAAACAGACGGAAUUGGAGGACAUGACACAGCUGUUUGAGGAGGAGAAGGAGGAGCUGCGUGAGCUGGAGGAGCUCCACGGCGUGCUGGAGGUGGAGUACACACAGGUCAUGGAGGAGCGGCGGCUGGCACAGGAGCGUCAGGAGGAGGAGGAGAGGGUCAGGGAGGUGAUGGGGCGUGCCGCCACCGUGAUCCAGGCCUACUGGAGGGGCUGCCAUGUGCGUAAGGUCAUGCGCGCCAAGGCCAAAGGCAAGAAAGGGAAGAAGGGGAAAGGCAAGAAGGGGAAAUGACCUGGGCAAGUAAUACUGAGGGGGUCCUUUUCUUUUCACCUCAAUGGUGGAAAGAGUUCACAUUUUUUGGGUAGCUGUUUCAAUAUUAAACCAUGAACUUAUGGGAUUUGAGUGCAAUGCUGUUCAAUAUGGCCGUUAGGGGUCACCUCUGUGACACCUGUAUGUUUCUCGGCACUGAGAAGGGCCAGGUCAGUGUAUGCCAUGUUUGUCAGCUUCACUGUUAAUGUCUUGCAUAAAAGAGGGUAAACAUGGAUUCACAUGCACAGAAUUCAUAUGAACAAGAAAAUUAUUGUAUCUCAUUCCCGGCUAUUCCAGUUGGCAUAGAUAUGUCGAGUUUCAGUGUAUAUAUUCAUAAUUCAAAUGAAUCCAUACACAUUUUUUAUACUGCAUUCUGCAAUGUUAUAAAUAAAAAUUAAAUUGCUAAUUUUAAUCUUUUAUUGGAACCAAUGUUCAGUUCAAUUGUAUGUUCCACUAGUGUGGAAUAAUAAAAAAUGGUUGUGAAGUCAGGUUUAUAAUAAUGAGUCAGUGCAGUGAACCAGCAGUGAUGAGUGUGAGAAAUGAUUUGCUUACAUUGAGCUGAACACUGUUAAAGGAAUAAGUCAUUCUGCGGUAUUUCAAGUAAACCUGUCUUUGUCAGUCCUGUGGCACACUGCACUACAGACCUGUCUUUGUCAGUCCUGUGGCACACUGCACCACAGACCUGUCUUUGUCAGUCCUGUGGCGCACUGCACCACAGACACUUCAAUACUCAGACUUUCAAUGUCUCUCUUUGUAUCUGAAAUAGAAUAGAAUGGAAAACAUUACUCAUAACUUCUAUGGAAAGCUAACGGCCCUCAGAUGGAUAACAAAAAUACCCUUGAAAUGUGCUUUUAGCCUCUUUAGAGCAAAAAGGGGUUUUAUUUCAGCAUCCUUUUCCAAGUCCAAGGAAAUCAUUUAUUUUUUACCAAGACAGACAUUUUAGCAAAGAAUAUCAAAUUAAAUGAAGCCUAUGCCAUAUUUUAACAGAUAAAGAAGGUAAUCUGCAGAGGGGGGCUUGUGAAUAUUGAGCAAAAGGAUGAGCUCAAAGGAUGAACUCAAUGGACAUACAUUUCCAGGGAUGCAAACACAUGUAUGGUCAAAAAAGAGAGAGGUAAUUGAAGCCCUCGCCCCGCGGCAAAUAUCCAUAUACUUACAUUGCCACCAACCCCCCGACAUCCCCGGCCCACCCCUAUUCAUGAGUACCAAAGACGUCACUUCCGUGAAGCCUGCCGCCAUCUUUGUGUCCAACUCUACCGUUAUUCCCAUUGUAUU